GCAUUGCUUUAUGAGGAUCCUGGGUCGUCUGACACAAGCAGAAACUGAAGGUGGCUGGAGAGAGCCUCAUCCCAGAGCCGUCGCCUGCCUCAGCACACCGGCUCCCUCCCUCCCUGCGAAGCCAUGGUCUGGAGGAAGCUGGGCUCCAGCAACUUCUCCAGCUGCCCCAAUGGCUCCAGCCAGUGGAUAUGGGACGUGUUUGGCGAGUGUGCCCAGGAUGGCUGGGACAAGGCCAGCGUGGGCCUGGGCUUGAUCUCCAUUUUCUGCUUUGCUGCAUCCACCCUCCCCCAGUACAUCAAGGCCUGCAAGACGGGCAACAUGGACCAGGCCCUGUCCCUGUGGUUCCUCCUGGGCUGGAUCGGCGGAGACUCCUGCAAUCUCAUUGGCUCCUUCCUUGCUGACCAGCUGCCCCUGCAGACCUACACAGCCGUGUAUUACGUCUUAGCCGACGUGCUGAUGCUGUCGCUGUACUUUCAUUACAAGUUUAAGAAACGCCCCUCUCUGUGGUCUGCCCCCAUCAAUUCUGUGCUGUUGUUCAUCUUGGGGGUGGCAUGUACCACCCCACUGCUGAGCAGCGCUGGCUCGGUGGCUGCCCCCAGGGAGGUCUUCCGGGGGCGGACGCUCUUGUCUGUGGAGCCGGGCAAUAAGCCCUUCACGCAGCAGGAAAUCAUUGGCUUCAUAAUCGGCUCCGUGUCCAGCAUGCUGUACCUGCUCUCCCGGCUGCCUCAGAUCCGCACCAAUUUCCUGCGGAAGUCGACCCAGGGGAUCUCCUACUCGCUGUUCGCCUUGGUGAUGCUGGGGAACACGCUGUAUGGGCUGAGCGUGCUGCUCAAGAACCCCGAGGUAGGCCAGAGCGAGGGCAGCUAUGUGCUGCACCACCUGCCCUGGCUCGUGGGCAGCCUGGGCGUCCUGCUGCUCGACACCAUCGAUCUCCAUACAGUUCCUGAUAUACAGGGAUGCCGCCACCUCAUCAGAGCGCCAGCCACUCCUCCCCAGCUGAGCAGGGCCCAGGCCAAGCCCAGGAUGACAGGGACCUGCAGAUGCCGCACUCAGGAAGGGAGAAGUAUGGGCAGGGACGGUGCUGCUGACCCUGGGCUGGGCCGUGGAGGAAGCUGGGGGUGCCUAGAACUCCUGGCCCGACCGCCUACCCCCAACACCUCCGAAACCUCGUGAGCUGACCCUUCCGGAAGCCCUGACUGACGGACUCUUCCAGGAGCAGGUCAGCCCCCAGGGCCAGCCCAUGCCGCCUUGGGAUUCACCCCCAGGGUCUGAGGCAACUGUCCCUGGAGACUGAAGGGAGGAGCUGCAGCCAAGACCUCAGAAGAGGUCUGGGGACCUUCUGAGCUGCAGCUCAGAAGACAGUGCAGCCGCCCCUCGGCUCACCUACCUCAUUCUGCCUGCUUCCCCCACCCAACCGCCUGGGGAGGAGCCCAGCUCAGCCUGGUGCACCCUGGACUAUACAGUCGACUGCAGAUGGCCUAGUAAACGGUACUCCCAGUGAG